AUGAAAAAACCUAUGAACGCUUUUUUUGUUUUCAGCAAAUCGUAUCGGAAAGAAAACCCGGGUAAAGCUACUCCUGAAGAAAUAGGUCUUAAGUGGGGAUCAAUGAGUGCAAGGGACCGUGAACGCUACGUCGAGGAUUCAAAUCGUAUGAAAAAUCAAUUUAUACUCGAGAAUCCUGAUUUUAAAGAAAAGCGUACUCGUUCAGUUAGGAGAAAGAAUAGAAAAUUUAUGAAUAAUUCUCCGGAAAAAAUGCGAGAGGAACUACUUUUUAAAGAAUACACGAAUAAACCUCCGAAGAAAAUGCAAGAAAAAUAA